AUGAUCUCAGACAAGAAUGUGUACGAGGUGCACUCGGCGCUGGUCCCACUGUAUAUGGCCAUGUCCCUUGCCUACGGGUCAGUUCAGUGGUGGGGAGUGUUCACACCGAUGCAGUGUGCCGGGAUCAACCGCUAUGUGGCCACGUUCGCUGUCUCGGUCCUCGGCUUUAAUUUCAUCGCUACCUCAAACCACUACGAGAUCAACUACAAAUUCAUCGCUGCCAACACCCUCCAUAAGGUAGUCCUCCUCCUUGCCCUUGGAGUAUGGUCCAUGAUUGUCUCGGCCAAGCCCAUCGGAGGAGGACGCGUCGGCCCCGUGUGGUCCAUCACCCUCUUCUCCCUGUCCUCCCUCCCUAACACACUCAUUGUCGGCAUCCACCUCCUCGAAGCAAUGUAUGGCAAGCCUGCCGGCAUUCUCAUGGUCCAGGUGAUCGUCUUUCGGAGCGUCGUCUGGUAUAACCUCCUUCUGCUCCUGUUCGAGUACCGGGCAGCCAAAAUUCUCAUCAACGAGCAUUUCCCUGGCUCUGUCGCUGAGAUUACCUCGAUCAGAGUUGACUCGGACGUCGUCUCCCUUAGCGGCAUUGAACCCCUGGAGACGGAUGCUGAGAGGGACGUUGAUGGCAGGUUUCAUGUCCGGGUGAAGCGGUCUCCAUUUGCUUCCUCAAACAACAACUCGUUUCGGUUAUCUUCAAUCAGGAGCGACACCACGCGAGCGUCAAAUCUCAGUGGGGUCGAGAUCUACUCAGUACAAUCUUCUCCAGUGGGAUCAAUCUCGAGCUUCCACUAUGCAGGCAGAGAGCCGGUGAGCGGGGUGCCGAUAAAUCCAAUGUUUUUAUGGAGCGGCACUCUAGGACUGGCUGGAGGAUCGGUUAGGAAGCAUGAGACGGAGGUGCCGCCUUAUAUCAGUGGGGCCGGUGGGGCAAUCGGACAUCGGAGGACCUCCUCCAAUGCCUCGGCUACUCACGAGCCUAGGCCGUUACCGAUGCAUCCUACGGUUAAUGGUUCAUUUGGCGGCUCUGACAACUUCGUCAGGAGCCAUUCUUCCUCUGACUUCGAUCUUCAACGUCUAGAAGAAUUUGGGUCGAAAGGAGGAAACUACUUGAUCGAGAAGUGGGGGGAAAGAUCAAAUUAUGAGGGGAGUGUGAAAGGAUCUCGGAAAGUAAUCGAUGGAGGAGAAGACGGGGAAGGCGGAGGAGAGGCUAGGUUACAACCACCGAUCAAGCAAGAAAUGCCACCGACGAUUGUCAUGAUGAAGCUUAUCCACCUUUUGGUAUGGAGGAAGCUUAUCCGGAACCCUAACACUUACUCCAAUAUCCUUGGUGUAAUCUGGUCCAUUUUUUAA